AUCAGAAAACAGCUUAGAAAAAUCUCAGCUGAAGAGAGAGGAAGGUCUGGUGCAUGUCACGUACUGAUCCGCAAAAUUACAAUUAAGAUUUCUUCGUGCGCAAUUUGGAGGACAGUUUUUGACUCACUGGUGCAUCCUGAGAUUCUGCAGCGCAGCAUUUCACCGAUCGAGACAGAAGCGUCAGAAAGGUGUUCUUUUCAAAGUUUAGACUGGACUUGUUUGUUUUGGUGUGUGCGCAAUGAUGGCCACUUACCAAAACCCAGAGGAUGACGCAAUGGCCCUAAUGAUCCACGACACCAACACGACCAAGGAGAAAGAGCGCCCAAAAGAGGAGCCGGUUCAGGACAAAGUCUCCGAGAAGCCGGAUCCGUCCCAGAAACCGCCGUACUCCUAUGUCGCUCUCAUUGCCAUGGCUAUCCGGGAGAGCUCCGAGAAGCGCCUCACGCUGUCCGGCAUAUACCAGUAUAUAAUCACCAAAUUCCCCUUCUACGAGAAGAACAAGAAAGGUUGGCAGAACAGCAUCAGACACAACCUGAGUCUUAACGAAUGCUUCAUAAAGGUGCCGCGGGAGGGCGGCGGCGAGAGAAAGGGGAAUUACUGGACCCUCGACCCAGCCUGUGAGGACAUGUUCGAGAAGGGGAACUACAGGCGACGCCGCAGGAUGAAGCGGCCUUUCAGACCCCCACCAACGCACUUCCAGCCGGGGAAGGCCUUGUUCGGAGGGGACAGCUAUGGCUACCUUUCUCCACCCAAGUACCUGCAGUCUAGCUUUAUGAACAAUUCCUGGUCGUUGGGCCAGCCGCCCACUCCGAUGCCCUACACGUCCUGUCAGAUGGCCAGCGGCAACGUGAGUCCAGUGAACGUCAAGGGGCUGUCAGCCCCCUCAUCAUAUAACCCUUACUCCCGGGUGCAGAGCAUGGCGCUCCCCAGCAUGGUGAACUCUUACAACGGCAUGAGUCACCAUCACCAUCCCCAUCAUACCCAGCAGCUAAGCCCUGCCACCGCGGCACCACCUCCGGUCUCCUCCAGUAACGGAGCCGGCCUUCAGUUCGCGUGCUCCCGCCAGCCCGCGGAGCUCUCCAUGAUGCACUGCUCAUACUGGGAACACGAGACCAAACACUCGGCGUUACACACGAGGAUUGAUAUUUGAAGUUUACCAACUGGUCCGUGCAAAAAUGAAGACUCUGGGAGAGAGAGACAGAGAGGUAAUUCCUGUGAUUUCAAAACAGAGCCGACAGUAUUUUGAAGAGACCACUCUGACUCAGAUCUCUUCGGUUCCAAGCUGACAUCUAAAUGCCGACGGGGAGCUAUAUGCACGAGGUGAUGCUGAGAAAGUUUUAUGAAAUGGAAACAGGAGGUAAAGGAGUCAUCGGCUGCUCAUUCAUCAGGUAGCACAACCUCUGGGAGCCAUUUCGUGCGCCUGUAUUACACUUGGACUGAUGGCCAUAACUCGGUAUUGUAAAAUCAAAAUUGUGAAAUGAAAAACUGAUUAUUUUGAAUGGAUAGACAUUGCUGACAUCGGUCCAGCUGUAUUUUUGGUGUGCGUAAUGAUUUGUCUCAGCUUUCCUUCGGCUUACUGCCGAAAGACGUCCUAAUGAAGUCAGAGUUUUAAUGUGUGAUUAAAUCAGAGCUAAUUUUGGCUUUCUUAGUAAGCUGCACCGAGAAAGGCCUGCACGGUGAUACUUCACCUCCUGCUAUAGUUGGAUACUUUGUUAGGUUUAAAAGGUGUGGGUAGAGAUCCAGCAAACUACCAAAAGAAAAAAAAACAAUUCAGGGCUUUUCAUACUUUUUGAUUACAUGAUGUAAAUUCCAAAGUGACGCCAGCCAGUGUCAGAUUUUGUUCUUUCUAAAUAUCGUUUUUAUAUAUAUAUAUAAAUGUGAUUAGUUAUGUUUCAUUAAUGUUGGGGCCAUGUUUCAUUUUAAUUAGCACUUUCCCUUUUUUUAGGUUUGUCAAUUUCUUAAUAAAGUUGUAUUUCUUAAAUAA